AUGACCCACGCCAACCCCCAGUGGCCGGUCAGCACGUGUAAAUACGGCUACAACUUCAACAUGAGCAACGUGCCCUACAUGAUCAUGUUAUCGAUACCACCGCCGGAUUCUACAGAAAAAAACUCUGAAUCCAAUUUCUCAUUCUCAAGAUGUAACAUGUACGUUACUAAUUACACGGAAGUGUUGUUGAAAAACAUGACCCACGCCAACCCCCAGUGGCCGGUCAGCACGUGUAAAUACGGCUACAACUUCAACAUGAGCAACGUGCCCUACAUGUCCAUCGCUGCUGAGGAAGAAUGGGUGUGCGGAAAAGCGUUCCUCGGCUCAGCAGCUCAAUCGGCCUUUUUCGCGGGCAGUAUAAUCGGCGGUCUGAUAUUCGGCUACAUAGCCGACCACUACGGCAGAUUACCAGCUCUGGUCGCCUGCAACAGCGUCGGUUUCUUUGCCUCGAUCGCCACCGCCUUGUGCACGGAAUUCUGGUCCUUUGCACUGGCCCGAUUUGUCGUGGGCACUUCCUUCGACAAUUGCUUCAACAUCAUCUUCAUCAUCGUGAUCGAAUACGUGGGGCCAAAGUACCGAACGCUAAUGGCAAACAUGUCCUUUGGCAUCUACUUCGCCAUCGCGUCCGGCAUACUGCCCUGGAUCGCCUACUGGGUCAGGGACUGGAAGAUGCUGAGCGUACUGAGCGCGCUGCCGCUCGUCGUGGCCUUCGUCACCCCCUGGAUCGUCCCCGAGAGUGCCAGAUGGUACAUAACGAACGGCCGAGUGGACAAGGCCGUGGAGAUGCUGAAGAAGUUCGAGAAAGUGAACAAGAAGAGCGUGCCACCUGAG